AUGUCCAAUAUUCUUAAUUCUUUCUUCGAACAGGAAACUCUAUUAUCAACAUUGAAAGAUAACAAUUUCAAUAUCUAUUCUCUUGUUUGGCUUGAUAGUAGGCUCGAUAUUGAUGAAUAUAUUCAUAUUCAAGAAAGUCUUGGAUUGUUCAUUGAUCAUUUUCAAAUAUUCAAUGAAUCUGAUCCAUGUGAAGAAUAUAUUAAAUUAACAUCAGUUGAUGUUCAAAUUAUUUUAAUUGCCAAUGGAAAUUUAGGUGAACAAUUAAUACUUCGAAUACAUCAACUUCAACAAAUUUUUGCUAUUUAUGUCUAUUGUAUGAAUAUAGAAUCUCAUGAAAAUUGGACUAAACAAUAUAAAAAAAUACAUGGUGUUCACAAUCAACUAGAUAAUCUGAUCAACCAUAUUAAAACCGAUCGAAUACGACGAUGGCCACAUGGUAUUGAUGAACCAUUGUCGAUUAUGUUUUUUCAUAAUGAUACCAAUAACGAAAAAUCAACAAUGGAACUUAAUGGUGAAUUUCUUCAAACACAAUUAUUAUUUGAUUGUCUAAAUCGAAUGAAAGUAACCGACACUGAUAAAGAUAAACUCGUUAUGCUAUGUAAAGAAGCCUAUAAAGAAAAUCAAUAUCAACAAGUGAUAAUUGAUGAAUUUAAAAAUACUUAUUCAUCUGAUCAAGCAAUUCGAUGGUACACAAGAGAUUCAUUUCUUUAUCGUCUAUUAAAUAAAGCUCUUCGUGUUCAAAAUAUUGAUCUAUUAUUUCGAUUUCGUUUCUUUAUUGAUGACAUUGAAAAACAACUAAAAAAUCAUCAAUAUCCAUCGUCAGUUAUUCUUUAUCGAGGUCAAGUGAUAUCAAAAGAAGAAUUGAAAUUAUUUGAAGAAUCGAACAAUAAAUUAAUAUCAGUAGCUUCAUUUUUUUCGACUAGUCUUGAUUCAACAGUAGCUCUUAGUUAUAUUGAUUCAAAUAUAAAUCAUGAGAAUUUACAAAGUGUUCUCUUUGAAAUUCAUGCUGAUCCAUCUCAAAAUCAAUCAAAACCAUUUGCAGAUAUUUCAUCAAUCAGUUAUUUUCCUGAUGAACAAGAAGUAUUAAUGAUGUUAGGUUCAGUUUUUCGAAUCGAUGGUGUUGAUCAUUUUAAUGAUACAAUAAAACGUAUUCGAAUGACUCUUUACAAUCAUAAUGAUCAAAAUUUUAAUUUACUCUUCGAUUUUAUGAGAAAAAAAAAUUGUAUCGGAUCGGCUCGACUGACUAAUUUUGGUCGUGUACUGAUUGGUAUGGCUAAAUUUGAUGCUGCAGAAAAUCAUUUUAAAUGUUUAUUAAGAACUUUCUCGUCUGAUCAUCCUGAUCUUUUUAAUUGUUAUCAAGCAUUGGGAAAAAUCUAUUGUGAAAAAUGUGAUUUCGAUCAAAGUCUCGAAUAUUUCAAAAUAGCACUGGAUAUUCUAUAUCGAGAAUCGAUUUUGAAUCAGAUUCGAAUUGCUUUCGUUCAUAAUAAUAUUGGUGAAGUGUAUCAGAAGAAAGGCGAUACUAAUCAAGCAUUGAAAUCAUUUCAACAAGCUUUGGAGAUUUUCAGCAAAAAACUCGGUGAUAUAAAUGAAAAUGUUGCCUGGUGUUUCAAUAAUAUAGGCAUCGUCUAUUUGAUGGAGAAGAAAUAUUCAGAAGCACUUACCUAUCUCCAAAAGGCAUUCAAUCUGAAAAGGCAAUUACUUCCUGAAAAACAUCCUUGUCUCGGUAAUACAUAUACUAAUCUUGGCAAUGUUUAUUGCCAUCUUCAUAAUUAUGAUUUAGCGUUAAAUUACUAUCAAGAAUCAUAUGAGAUUUUCCAAACUUCUCUUACUCAAAAACAUCCUUCCAUUGCAAGGGCACUCAAGAAUAUUGGUGUUAUUCAUGAAUUGAAAGGUAAUUCCUUGAAAGCAUCAAUCUACUACAAUAAAGCAUUAAAUCUUCGCCAACAAAUUUUACAUUCGACUCAUCCAGAUUUACUUGAAAUCAAACAAGAUAUACAACGUGUUUUAUCAAAAAUAUAA